GUCGCGCGGUCGCCACAUGACCUAUCGUCUGCUCCUUUCUGUCUAGCAGACGAUAUUUCAAGAGAGGCGGAAGGAUACACCUCAAAUGUCGGACAUGGAAGAACCGAACGAACGAACGCCAAUAUUGAGAAAAAACAGCCUUAAGAAAAAGGUCGUUCAACCUGGCGAUUUCUCAGACCAGCAGCGAUGGUGGUCCAUCCGGGUGAUGUAUUUGACGAUGUUUCUCAGCAGUGUGACCUUCACCUUGACCUUAUCUUCAAUAUGGCCAUUCCUGCAAGUGCUGGACCCAUCUGCUACUGCCGACUUCCUGGGAUGGGUGGUGGCCGCCUAUAGCGUGGGGCAGCUCGUGGCAUCCCCAUUUUUCGGGAUGUGGGCCAACUAUAGGGGACAGAGCAGAGAACCUCUGGUGGCCUCCAUUGCACUGGGUAUAGGAGCGAACAUCAUGUACGCCUAUCUACAGUCCAUCCCGGGGAACAAGGGGCUUCUCAUGAUCAUUGCUCGUGGACUAAUUGGCUUUGGCGCAGGGAACGUGGCUGUCGUGAGAGCUUAUGUAGCAGGGGCCACAAACGUGUCUGAACGUACACCAGCAAUGGCCAAUGUCAGCAUAUUCCAGUCUGUUGGAUUCAUCCUUGGACCGGUUAUCCAGGCUGCCUUGGUGCCUAUCUCCUACCCCGGGGCUGUCGAGGCUCCUGGGUUCCACCUCAACAUGUACACGGCGCCCGCCAUCUUGGGCGCCAUAUGUUGCACAGUCAACGUUGUGCUACUUUUUGCCGUCUUUCGAGAAUUUAAAGUCCACGAUGACGUCACCAUUACAAACAUUCAAAGCUCGUAUGAAGAAUCGGUCAAGAACUACAAGCCUGAUUACUUUGCGGUGAUCUACUGCAUCAUCAUAUUCUUCGUCGUUCUCUUCAUCUUCACGAUUUUUGAAACCAUCGCGACGCCCCUGGGGAUGAACAUGUUCGCCUGGAGCAAGAAGCAGUCCACGCUGUAUGUAGGGGUUAUUCUGGCGUCGUGUGGAGUGGAAGCAAUUGGAGUGUUCGUCGUUCUUAAGAUACUCAGCCGAAGGAUAAACGAACGCUACCUUCUAAUCAUGGGAUUUGUCCUGUGCUUCUUUGGAUACUUUGUUCAACUUCCGUGGGGAGAUGGGCUCCCGGUGAGAGCACCGGCAGUGAUGAUGACGAGUCACACAAUCAAGCCGACAGGAGUGGGAAACCGUACGCUCGAAGGUAUCAUGUCUCAACUCAGUAACCAUGCCGACAGCGGUAUCCUGACCAUGUUGGUAGAUAAUGUGACGACCGCAUUGUCAGCAGUGAAUACGACGAUUGCACCGUUGACGAUGAGGACGAUGGGAGACGCAUCGUCGCUAGUCACCGAAGCUUCGAUAGGAACUGCAGCAACGUUAACGUCAAACAUCGCAGACGCCGUCAUUUCGACUGCGGAGACUACAACCAAAGCCACGACAACCAUCACGGACGCUAUCCUGUCUACUGCCGAGACGUUUACUACAACCAAAGCCACGACAACCAUCACGGACGCUAUCCUGUCUACUGCCGAGACGUUUACUACAACCAAAGCCACGACAACCAUCACAGACGCUAUCCUGUCUACUGCCGAGACGUUUACAACAACCGAAGCCACGACAACCAUCACGGACGCUAUCCUGUCUACUGCCGAGACGUUUACAACAACCGAAGCCACGACAACCAUCACAGACGCUAUCCUGUCUACUGCCGAGACGUUUACUACAACCGAAGCCACGACAACCAUCACAGACGCUAUCCUGUCAACAGCAGCAACAGCAGCAACAGCAACUACAUCAACGCCGACACACACCACGGGACACAUAGUAUCAACGUAUUCUACAACUGUAAGCAAUAUGACGUCGACGCCUCACAGCAACAUUUCAACAACAGUAGAACCUGUUGGUUGCCCAGCAACCAUGGACUGGUGUAACCACACGCCACCAGUGUAUCUGGCCCAGUACAUUGUUGGCUGUAUCAUAAUCUCAGCUGGGUACCCGGCGGCAAACGUCAUGUGUUAUACGCUCUUCUCCAAAAUACUUGGUCCUAAACCACAGGGUACGUGGAUGGGCUGGUUGACAGCGUCUGGCAGCCUCGCCAGGACCUUGGGGCCAAUAUUCGUUUCCCAGAUUUAUUAUUCAUUUGGACCUCGCGUGACAUUCGGCGCAGACUGCGGUAUUAUCCUUUUGACAAUUAUUGCCAUUAUUGCUGUGUUCAAAAGACUUGUGCCCUGUAAGUAUACAACUGAUUAUCAACAGCAGAAUGGAGAUGCGGUCAACUAGAGAACCGUCCCUGGUUGCUCAUCCAAUAACCGACACUGAUUGAGGCUGUGUGUUCCCAACAACUGCUGCAUAUCCACACUGGCCUACGGUGUGAUUCAGCAACAACGAAACGUUUCCGUUUUGUAAAGUACCCAAACUGGUCAGUACAAAAACUGUACAUACUUUUUCUCCACCGAUCAAAGUCGAUAAAUUCAAGAACAUCGUUGAAACAACAGAGGGAACUGUAGAGCGCACAUGCGUAUUCGUGAGUGCGUGUUUCCGAUGAUACAAUGACAACACACGAAUGACAACACCAUUCCAGCCCAAAGGGGGCAGACAGAUCACCAUAAUGUUUUAUUUAUGUAUGUAUGUAUUUCUUUUACGUCAAAGUCAUCAUUUAUCCAGCUGUAUCACGGCAUUCGUCGCCACUCGCCCAUUUCCGUAACCUGCAAGACUCGUCUCCCUAUCGAUGAAUGUUAUGUGCGAAAAAAAGACAAACCAAUCAAAAUGCGCGUAGGAUUUCAAGUACUUCGGUCAAAGAAUCCCUCAGGAAUAUUUUUGACUUUACAUAUGUCUUUCAUCUAAAGACAUACCCAACAUAAGUUAAAUGUGUUCAGUCAUGCUGUGUUAUGCCGUAAGUCCCAAUGCGUGUUUAGUAGCAUCUGGAAUAUAUAUAUAUAUAUAUAUAUAUAUAUAUAUAUAUAUAUAUGGGGGGGACGAUUCUCUCACACGUAUACGUUGUUCAAAACACUGAUCAAGGGAGGAUAACUCCUGUGGCAUUGCUGAGCAAACGGAAGUGCAGGGAGUUAUGGAAAUGUGACAUCUAUAAACUUCAUCGUCUUUUAAAACUAU